UGGAAACAAAAAGCCAUAAUGUAGGGUAGUCUAUUAUUUUCUAGACAUUUAAUUUCCGUUCCAAUCACGCGUCUAUCUAGUCUGUAGUAGUGGUGAGGAGUGUAUUCAGCAAAAACGUACAAUAUUAAGUAUAAAGAUAAAAACGUGUUGUUAUACACUGUUCUGCUGUGCUGUGGACUGUUUUCUUUUGCCAUGUGGGGCAUGUGUGAAUGUUGAGAUAUCGUUGAAACACAACGAUAAUCGUUGAUGACGUUCUAUAAUAGAGAACAUGUUACAUUGUUGUGUCAACAGAGUCCGAAUGUAGAUUUUGUAUGUGUUCUAAUAGUGUGUGCGUCUAUAGUAAAGACAAUACGAUCGCAGAAGGAAAAGUUUCAUUUUAUCAACAAAUGCCCACGUUAAAGGAAAACAGGAAUGACAUUCUCAAAUCGAUAGUCUGAUCUACAAGUGGGGAUCAUGAAUGUGGACCAUGUUGAUCAUUUUUUUAACGUUAACUAACGAGAAGCUUCCAAUAUCAAGUGGUGUUGUCGAACUUUGUGUCGAGUUACUGAAAAAGUAUCAGGAAGAGGAAGACGGGGUGAUACACCGAUUUGAAACGAAACUUAAAGCUAAAGACAGCGAACAGACAAGUUACGAAGGCCUGAGUGGGAUAGGCCUACUACAUGUUAAGCUAGUCCUCGUCGUUUCCCAGCUAUGGCUUUCGCCUCUGAGGAGAGCAGCGGAGACAGACAGUGGAGUGAGAGCAAGCCACAGGUCGAGGAUGAGUUCACGUGUUCCGCAGCGCUGCGGGAAGCCGUACUGGCUCUCCAGCCCACGGUGAAGCGCGUUUUCGGGGUGGAGCUGGGCAUCGCCGUGGAGGAAGGGGUGGGGGUUCAUCAGACUGGACUCAUGUGGCUUCAGCUGAAAGGGAGGUCUAAAGACGUCAAUGCAGCUAAGCUCUUUGUGAAGGGUGUGGUGAACCAGGAAGAGCAGCAGGAGGUCCCCUACCCAGAGGUCCUGCACUGUGUGUUCUGUGGAGCUUGUGGGCUGUUCAUGGAUUGCCUGAUCAGAAAUACCUCGGCCCAUAUCUUGGUGGGUUCCCCAGGUUGUGUUCUCAUUUCUGGCCUGGCAGAGCCUGUGGUCCGGGCCUACUCUCUCAUUGUGGAUCUGGUGGAGAGGUAUGAGAGCAGCCAGGGUCGGCGCAUGGACCCUGGGGCUCGAGGAGCAGGCGAGUCCCUGGAUUCCCGUCGGGCCUUCAAGGUGCUGGUGGAGAGCAGGGAGGACCGACACACAUUGGACCUGCUGGUGCUGCCAGUGACUGUGAAGGAGGUCCUCCUCGAACUGGUGAAGGACAGUCGUUGGAGUAUGACUGCUGAGACUGCUGCAGCACAGGACGUUGACAACCCCGAGGCAGGGCAAAGCACCGCGGCCCUAGACAAGCCUUCUCACAGGAUCCCAGAACAGCCUGACACAAGCCAGCACAUUUCAGAAAGCACCCUGCUUCCCGCCAGCUCAAACUCAACCGUGGAGGUUGUUGAGCAUUCCCACCAGCGCGGCACAGUUUUCCCUUCUACCACUCCAGGAAGGGAACUGCCUGAUCCCUUCUUUCGGAGUUUUGCGGUUGUAGAGGGGGCCCCCCGAGGUCAAACAGAGGGCGCUGACGAGAGGGAAGUAGGACCCCAGGGAGCACAGGGAUGGAGUAUUCCACAGGAAGUCGGGGACGAGGUGUCUGCGACGGUGAUGGCGGUCCCGGUCGGCGGCCAGGAUGACUUCAGCCUCCUGCUGAAAUUCUUCACUGCCAUGGGCUUCAAGGAGGACGCCGUGAAGAGGGUGCUCGCCCGAACCGGGCCCCGGGACGCCUUCGAGAUCCUGGAGAUGGUCCAGCAAGAGCAGGACCGGGAGGAAAGAGAGGAGGAGGAGAGCCACCAGGAGAGCUUCAGCAGAAGGUCUGUUGACGGAGCUGAAGGGGAACCCACCUUCAGCAGGGCAGAGAGAGGAGAGCAGAACCAGAGCCAGACCCAGGCCCAGGGGGGCUCUGGGAAUAGGAGCCAAGGGGAAGAGCUCAGGAGUGGGGAGGAAGAGGACUUCAUCCUGGGGGUGAUGAAGAAGGCAGCAGCCACCUGUGGGUACACAGACGACCAGGUGCGGGCGGGAGUCAGCAACCUGCCCGAGCACAGCUUCCACCAGCUGGUCCUGGAACUGCAGAGGCAGGGCGAGAAGGAGAAGGACGGCAAGCCAGUGGGGACAGACACAGUGGACGCUGCCACUGCCACUGCCACUCUCAGAGGACAGGAAAUAGCCAAAGAGUCUCUCACCGGUUUGGCCAGAAAGGAGGAGGAGGGAGAAACGAAGAGGAUGAGAAGGAGGAAGGAGGAGGAAGAGAAGAAUGCUAGUAGAGCGAUGAAGGGUAGAGCAUUGGUUGAUAAGAGAGAUGUGGAGGAGGAUGGGGACAAAUGGAGGAAACCAUUAGCAAGACAACCAAGUGCCACACCCGCGACCACAUUGGAUCAGAAUGUACUCAGUCCUCCUGUGGAACAUGGAGCGAUUGAGAGGUACUUAAUUGAUCAAGCUUACCAGGAACCAACCCAACAGGCCUCCCCGAAAAGAAGGAGGCCUUAUAUUUCGGACCAGCAUGACAAUUUACAUGAAAGGACUCCUGCGACUGGAGCUGCUAGUAACAGCAGAACAAACAACUGGAACACCUCCAACCAUCAGAACCAUCAUCGAGGCCCAGAUCAGAUGGACCGAACUGGCAAAGGAGGUUCUUCUUCCAUCAGAGGACCACCGCGACCUAGCUACCCUCAUGAAAUUUUCCUCCCUGAGACAAAUCCACACAUCUCAGCCACCCUGCCCACUCCCAUCGCUAGACCACCACAGAAGGCAGGUUUCCCACCAAUGGCCGCAGGGGCCACUGUCACAGGACAGCAGCGCUUCCUGGAGGGCUUGCGGAUGCCCUUUGAACUCAAGCUGGCUGGCGACACGGGGGAUCCCAAUUUGCGAUACAUUGUUAUCGACGGGAGCAACGUUGCUAUGAGCCAUGGACUCGGGCAGUUCUUUUCCUGUCGUGGCAUCGCCCUGGCGGUUCAGCACUUUUGGGACAGAGGUCUCCGCAAGAUCUCAGCACUAGUGCCCCAGUGGAGACAGAAGAGAGACCCCAAGGUCAAAGAACAACACUAUCUGACUCAGCUACUGGACCUUGGCCUGUUGUCGUUCACACCCUCCAGGGAGGUCAUGGGGAAAAAAAUAAACUCCUAUGAUGACAGGAUCAUGCUUCAGCUUGCCCAGAAGACAGACGGAGUGAUUGUGACAAACGACAACAUGAGAGACCUGUUUGAUGAGUCGAAUGCCUGGAAGGACAUCAUCAAAACAAGGUUGCUCCAGUACACGUUUGUCGGGGAUCACUUUAUGGUUCCAGACGACCCUUUGGGCCGAGACGGACCUCACCUCAACGAUUUCCUUCGCUCACAGCAGAGAUCCUCCAUCACCAGCAGUCACACGUUCACAGGCGUCUCCUCCUCCAUCCCCCUGCCCCAGCAGCGCUCUCAAUCAGAGGUACUGCAGUUCCACGACAGGACACCAGGGAGCAGCAGAGUAGCAUCAGAGUUUCAGUCGGAACAUCCAGACCUCCAGCCCCAGGGCCCAGCAUGCCAGUCCCAAGGCUGGGAACAGGCGCGGCAGAGGAGGGGGAGGGGCCGAGCUGAGGCGGAGGCCCAGCAGCAGAGAAGCGCGGAGGAGACGUCCAGGCUGAGGGAGAGCCUGAACCAGGUGUUCACAGGGCAGGCGAGUGCAGUGGCACUGGCCCUACAGAUGCACCCGACCCUCACGGACGUGAACCUGCUAUCCCACUUCAUCCUGGAGCACCAGGCAGCUGGGGAGUAGAGUAAAAUUGAGAGAGAUGGAGAGAGAGGGAGUAAUAUUUGUAUCUUUCUGUGUGUGUGUGUGUGUGUGUGUGUGUGUGUGUGUGUGUGUGUGUGUGUGUGUGUGUGUGGACAUAGGUGUGUGGGUGGGUUUUUACGAAUGUGUCAAGACCACACUACUAAGAUGAUGAAUUGCCUGAGAGUAUAGAUGAGCAAUGAUAAAUAUAUAUUUUAGCAGCUUUAAUUUCAUACAAUCUAUACUACUCAUGACAACUACAAGGGAGUGAUCUGCUGAAUGACCUGUGGAAGGUCGAGUGAAGACUGAGAGACGAUAAAACACAAGAGAACUAAGAUGGAGGGAGGGGCUUCAGUUGCAUUGCCAUGAUCCUGCAAAACCAAAGAUGGCUACUUGGUCCUCUUGAGAUAUUUUAUUUUUUUAACUUCUUUUGUCUUACUUUUUUACUGAAUCUUAAUGUGGAAUUAACUUCAUAGUGAAAAAUGUUUCCCGUUUUUGUGGUGAAAGCAUGUCUAUAUUGUUGGAGUAUUGUCUAACUAUUAGAAUCGCUAAAGUAUUUUUUUAUCAUGUGCAUUUGCAAGUGUUAUGAAAGAGUAUUUAUAUAUCAUCUUCAUGUUGUUGUUAAGCACCAAGUGUUUACAUCAGCGGUUUCUAUCAUCAGUGAUCAUUUAAAAGGCUUGUCUAAUAUUUCCAUUUUGAACUAGUGUUGUCCAUAACAGAGCUUACAAUAUCUCACAUUUUACUGACAUUGAAAUUUAAUCUGACACACAAACUCAAAUGUAAAGUAUUUCUGAACAUAUCUGGAUUGGGUUUUCCUGACAUGUCAUGAUUCUGUUUAAUUUGUAGUGUACCACUUCAUGUAGGUUUUAAUGUCAACACCACUAUUAUUUAAGAUAAAUAUCACCCUGUCACAAUAAUGUUAUCACAUAAAAUAAAGUUUAAAUAUAGUCACU